AUAAUCAUCAAGAUUUAACCCCAAACCAAACCCAACAAAAAAUCUCUCUCUCUCUCUCUCUCAUGGAAUUCAGAACCCUUGAACUCAACAUCAUAUCCGCAAAGGACCUCAAAGUUGUUAAUCUCUUCUCCAAGAUGGACGUAUACGCCGUCGUUUCACUCGCCGGGGACUCCCUUCACCCUCAAACUGCCAGGACCCACGUCCACAAAGACGGUGGCUCCAACCCUACGUGGAACUUUCCGGUGAAAUUCUCCGUCAACGAAUCGCUGGUGCAGCAGAACCGUUUAUUCCUCGAGGUCAAGCUCAUCUCCGACCGUACCCUCGCCGGCGACACCCUCAUCGGCACCGUUCACGUCCCCCUUAGGGAAAUUAUCGACAACGCCGGGGACGGGGGUUCAUUCCGGCAAGUCAAUUACCAGGUGAGGACUCCAUCCGGAAAAUCCAAGGGUUCCUUAAAUUUCUCCUAUAAAUUGGGCGAACGCCUUGCCGCUCCAGCGACCAAGGCGGCGCCGGAGCCGGUGAUGGCUUAUCCUCCUCCGGCGACGGCCGCAGGGUCUAGUUCGGCGCAGUAUGGAGCGCCGUACCCUCCGCCGCCGCAGCAGCACCAAUAUCCGGCUGGAUAUGGGUAUCCGCCGCCACCGCCGCCUUACGGUGGAUACCCACCGGCUCAAUCGGGUUACGGCUAUCCGCCGCAAGCGGGUUAUGGGUAUCCACAGGCUCAGAAACCGAAGAAGAAUAAGUUUGGAAUGGGGUUGGGGGCUGGGUUGCUUGGUGGUGCCUUGGGUGGCAUGUUGAUCGGAGACAUGGUAUCUGAUGCUGAUACUUAUGAUGCUGGCUAUGAUGCUGGUUUUGAUGAUGCUGGUGGAUUUGAUUUUUAAUUUUUAUUUUAUUUUGUUGUUGCUUUUUUGGGCUGUGAAAUGAUGUUUUAAGAGGUUGGGCUUUAGUAUUUGUCGAAGUUAUCUAAUUACCUGGCUGUAUAAUUUUUUUUUUUCUGGGAUAAAUUAUAUAACGUGUAGGCUUUAGAAUAUAUUCCGUUUUUAAGGGUGUGUGUGUUUAUACGAUGAACGAUGAUGAUUAAAUUGUGUGGCCAUUUAUUCUUUUGUUCAAUUGAUCUGGUGAUAGGUUUGAUAAUAAAUAUGAUGGUUAAGUUGAUCUGAUGAUAGAAACAAUGCCAUUGCAAUUACUGGUUUUCUACUUGUAUCGGUUCCUGAAUUGCAUCAUUUUUAUAUUCGGGCAAAAACAUUUUUGUAAAUAAUUUUUUUAUUUAAAUUAAUAACAUUUGAUUUGUAUAUGAUUUUAUAUAUAAUUAGUUUUAUUUUUUGGAUAUAUUCAUUUAAAAAUAUAUCAUAAAUAAAAAAUACAAUUCUAAAGGUAUUUCUUCAAGUGGUACAAAAAUCUUUUUUCUUUUUUUCUUUUAAAUUCUCUAAACAAGAAGCUAUAGAUUUGACAAAAACAUAUUGGGGUAAAAAUAGAUUUACUCUCACUAGUCUUUUUUAGACUUCUACAAAACAUUUCAGCAAAGAAGUAGUAGGUAUAUAGUUUUAUUUUAAUUCCUCUUUAACUACUGUGAUCAUAUCACUUAUCUCUCUUUAAUUUCUCUUGCAUGUAAAAGACAUUAUAGAAAAAUUACGAAUAAAGUACAAUUAUUCUGUCUUUUUCUUUUGGUAUAAUAAAAAAUAUUCUGCCUUUUUUUUUAAUUAUUAUUGUAUGCAUGGAAUAUAUAAGGUAGAAUAAAGUAGUGGGAGAAUCCCUUGAUAUCUCGAAUUAAAAAUGUAGAGAAUGAGGGAAUGAUUAUCCCACUGUAGUGUUAAGUUGGCUCCCGGUUCGGUAAACACUCAUAAGAGACUAAACAUAU